UCUGAAGCGAAGAGAUGAACCGAAGAACGCGAUGCAAAUGCUGGCUGUCGGUUUCAACGAGUACACACACACUAUAACUACACAGGAAAGCGUGGACGAUGGUCGUGGCCAACUGUUAUUAAUUAAAUCAUAGGUGUAUAAUCCAUAAAAGUACUUUUGUAUGUUGAAAAGCAGAUCAUGAAAAUUUUGUUAGGAGAAUGAAAAUGUGCGAAGAAAUGAAUAAACCUCAAGUGAUGGGCAUGUCCAAUAAUUUGCAUGACCCAUCAAGCAUGACGGAGGUUCUGGCGUUUGUUGAAGAAUUGCGAUCAUCAAGUAAUGGAUGGCAAAGAUGUGUAGAAUCAUUGAUAAAUGGAGAAAUCCAAGAUGAUAGACUGAAAUUUCUCGGGUUACAAACAAUUGAAUACUAUUUGAAAAAUAAUUAUGAAAAAGCUCCUCAGACUGAACAAGAUAUUGUACGCCAAUUUUUAUCUCGAUGGAUUCAGUUAAAGUGUGGUCAGUUGGAAGUAUCAGAUGCAGUAUUUGUGAAGAACAAGGCAGCUCAAAUAUUUGCGUUGGCAUUUGUUCAUGAUUUCCCUCAUAGAUGGCCUACCUUCUUUAGUGAUCUUAUUGAAACUUUGAGUUUGGGUCCAAAAGCUGUUGACCAUUUUUUGCGUGUUUUGAGUGCCAUUGAUACUGAGAUUGCUGAUAGAGAAAUGCCAUAUACACAAAUUCAAAUACAAAGAAAUACCAUAAUUAAGAAUGCUAUGCGAGAAACAUGUGUUGAAAAGAUAGUGUCUGCAUUGUACGAUAUACUGAAUACCUAUGAAAUGAGUCACCCCCAACUGGCAAGCCAUUGUCUUGAAGCAUUAGCAAAUUAUAUUCAUUGGAUUGAUAUUGGUUUGGUAGCUAAUGAGCAUUUCGUUGGUACCUUGCUAAGACUCUUAAACCUGGUACCUGUUCGUGAAUCUGUUAUUGUGUGCAUGCAAAGUAUUGUGCAUAAGGGAAUGGACCCAUUAGAGAAGUUCACACUUGUGGAGUCCCUCAUUUGUGUUCUGAACAAUGUUGGAGUAUUUGUUCGCUCUGCAGAUGAUGACAGUGAAUUUUGUACUAAGCUCUCUCAUUUGGUAAAUAGUAUUGGUUUGGCUCUUUUGGACUCUUUCAACAAAACACAAAAAAGUGGACCAGCUGAUAAAGUUCCUUUUAUAGAACAGGCUAUAGAUGCAAAGGUUCCUAUUAUGGUAACUUUUCUUGGAAAUGAUUAUGAUGAUGUUUCAUCUGCUGUGUUGGAAUUUGCCAAAGAUUAUGUGCAUUUCCUGAAAGGAAGGCCAUCUCUUAACGAACAGCAAGUUAAAAAUACACAACAGCUUAUGGUCACAGUGAUACACAAAAUGAAAUAUGAUGAAUCAUACAAAUUUGAUCACGAUGGAGAGGAUGAAGCAGAAUUUCAGGACUUCAGGAAAAAUUUGAAAGUGGUGUUUGAUAAUCUGGUUGGCUUAAAUAAAGACUUAGUAUUUAAUUACAUAAUGGAAUUGGCUACACGUGCAAUAGGAGAAUGGCGAACUUCCCCAUUUGCUGAUGUUGAAGUUAGUUUAGCAGUUGUCUAUUAUGUUGGAGAAGUUCUUCCUACACAUGCUGGACAGUAUGCUCCAAACGAUCAUGUAAGUGCUCAUAUAUUGUAUUAUGAUCACAUGGAAGUAACUUUAAUGGUACAGUUGCAUACAUUGCUGUGUCUUAUAUUGGAUUCUGGUGUCAGUGCUUAUCCACAUCCAGCAGUACCACUCCAGUUUUUUGAAGUUAUGACUCGUUAUCAGCGUAUACUAUUGCCCGAACCACAACGAAUUCUGUCUAUUAUCUCUGCAUUUUUGGGCACAUGUGGUCUAAGGCAUCCAAAUGCUAAAGUACGAUCUCGAGCUGCUUACUUGUUUUGCAAAUUUAUAAAGGGUUCAAAAGCAGUUAUUCAAGCAUUUACAAAAGAUAUCUUGGUUCCACUUCAAGAAUUGCUGACUGUAAGUAAUCAAACAAAUGGAUGCAAAGAGGAUUGGAUGUCAUCUGAUGAUCAACUUUUUCUCUUUGAAGCUGCUGGAACAUUGAUUAUUUCUAGUACUCUGCCUGAUGCGGAAAAAGUUACUGCAUUUAAGACUCUUCUCCUUCCUAUCAUCAGCAAAUAUGAGUAUCUUUUGAAAGAAAUUUCUCAGGAAAAUAAUGUAAAACGACAAGAGGCUUUGGCUAAUUCCAUGUGUCAUAUGAUUGCAAUCACUACUCGAACAAGCAAAGCCUUCACCACUCAAAUGCCAAUGAAAAGUAUUGGUUGUGUUCCUGUAUAUAUUGAUUGCCUUAACAUGUUCCUGAACAGUCUGCAGGUUUCUGUGCAAAGCAGUACUAUACAAAAUAGUGUUCGCCAAUUUCUGCAUCGGAUGGUGGUGUGCUUGGAUACUGAAAUUUUGCCAUACAUUCCCAGAGCCUCUCAGGGUCUUUUGAAAAAUAAUGAUAUAAAGAGCAUGCAGGAAUAUAUACCCCUUCUUGUACAAAUUAUUUCCAAAUUCAAGAAAGAUGUUCAGCCAUUUCUGCAAGAGUGUUUAACUCCCAUUGUGACUGCAAUAUUCUCUACUUUGCUAGCACCUCUGGAAGAGGGGGAUGAAGAUGGGAAAGUUGAAAAGAAUUCGCUUAGAAAGUUAUAUUUUCAAUUCAUAUCUGCUGUUAUUACUAAUGCUAUUGAAGUGUUUCACGGGCAACAAAAUGUAGUGAAACAAGAAAUUUUAAUGAGUGUUGUGCAGGGAGCUGAUGAUCCUAUUGAUCCUGUGAUGCAGAAGAACUGUUUUGUUAUCUUGCGAAAGUUGAUUGAAUCUUCCGGAGAAGAAAUUUCAGCAGCUUCUGGAAAUGAGUUUCUGCUGUUCAUGCACCAAACCGUGAUAAGGCUUUGCUUUGAGGUUGUUCUGAAAAGUGCAUGUACUGCGCAUACCCCAAAUACUGACGUAGUUUUAAUGGAAUGUGCAGCAUGUCUAAAAGCAAUGUACAACAAAAGGGGAGAAGAAAUGGUCACAUUUGUGGAGACCACCUGCCUGGCGAAUCCACAGAUUCCUCCACAACGUCGGGGGGAGUUUGCCUUUGCUCUGAAGUCUGAUACUAAAACUCUCAAAAACUUCCUUAAACCUGUUAAUAUUGGUCUUAAGAAAUCAGUUUUUACCAUUGUACUCAAGAGCAUGAAUGAUAAUGCCAGUUCAUUCUUAAAUAUCUUAAUUGUGGUUGCAUAUGAAUUUGCUGGCGAGGACAAUGUAACAAUUAACAAAUCAAACUCUUGUACUGGAGCAUAUAAUGUAUCAACUGAAUUCGUGAUACAUCCUUGAAUAUAGUGGUGUGAAUGUACAUUUGGAUAGGUUUUAUCUCUUACGUGGUCUAAGAGUAAACUUUGCAAUCACCAUUAUCGAGUGAAAUCGAAGCUUCCUUUUUACAUGUUGAAAGAACAACAUUCUGUGAUUCGAGAAAUGCUUCGUGCAUUGUGUGUGUAUCAAGAAGACUUGAUUUUUUCUUUCUUUUCUUUUUUCUUUCUUUCUUUUUUUUCUUCUUAUCCGAUUACAAUUUUUGUCUUUGGACAGAUCAUUGUUCUUGUGUCAGUUUUUUGAAAUGCACAUUUUUAAUUACGCUUUAUUACGAAGGUUUAAAACACUAGGAUAUUUUUAUUUCUUUUUCUUUGUUGUGAAAUAGCGUUUUCACUAGUGGUAGAUUUUUUUUAUCUCCUUUUUUUCUUUCUUUCUUUUUUUCUUUCUUUUUUUUCUUUCUUUCUUUUUAUUUUUUUCUUCUGUACAAUGUGAAAAUUUCUUUAUUUGACAAAUCCCAUUCUCAUUCAAGGAGAUGGAAACUAAGGUAUUCAUCAGGAGCAAGUAGUUGCCUGAAAGCAAUGAACUUUUACCUACAAAUUGUGUAUAAAUUAUUGUAACUUGAAAAGAUUUAAAAAUAAUACACUUGCAAACUGCUUAUUAUUAAAGGUGCAGUGUUAAAACACCCCUGAAUUUAUUAAUUUCAACUUUCCAUUCUAGAAAGCUGAAAUAUGUAAUGAAAAUCAGUUAUUGUAAACAAAGAAGUUGAUUUCUUUGAUGAUCCAAGGUUUAUUAACUGCCCACAGCGGUAAUACCAAAAUUAUAGUUCAUUAUUGAAUUUCUGUAAGACAUAAGUAUUACAGAAUCAAAAGUGUCAGCAUUGUUUUUACAAAUCUGAAAAUUGAAGUUCUUGUAAAUUCCUUGUUAAAGUUUUAUUUUACCUGAAGUAUGUAUAUCUACAAGCUUUAUUAAUUAUGUUUUUCAAUUGUAAGGUAUAUUAUUAAUAUAUAUAUUAACAUUUCAUUUCGUAAGUGGCCCUUGUUUGAACACUGGUCUACCUAGUGAUAGAAAAUCAUUUCCCUUUGAAGGUACACGUUCUGUUCAUCAUUCCAGUUUUUGCCAUCUUAGAUCUUAGAGGCUGUAAGAUGUGCAAAAUUCUGAAUGGAUCGUUAUGAGAUAGACUGAAGUGACCAAGCUCUGAUCAUCGAAAUUAUCUUUUUAAAAGUAUUGGUAUUGCAUGUGUGCAAAUCUGCUAAAUGCAUUUUCAUUGGUGUUUUCAGUCUCAUCUUGCAAGUGUAUUUCACUGCUCUCUCAAAUAAUUUUACUGCAACUUAGUGUUACAUUUUACUCAAUAAAAGGACGUGAAUUUGGGUAGUAUUCAAACUCUGCUAUGCAAUUCUAUUUUUCUGUGUAUGAUGAUUAAACAGAAUGUGCUGACAUUCUUAACAUUUUAAAAAUGUUAUUAUAAUAUUUUCUAAAAUCUGAGUUGUGAAUGUGCAGUGAAUGCCUUAGUUUUGUAUGCACUAGCAUUUGAUAAUUUCAAUGUUGUUGUCCUAGUGGAAAUAAUCUACUAAUUUCCUUACUGAAUUUUUACUCUUAAGAAAAAUUUUGGUAGUUUAAAAUGUUAUUAUUUUUCUCUUGGGUACUUAGGAGGAAAUAAAUGUAAUGGUUGAAUCUACCGAAAAUAUCUGAAAAUAAGUUACAGAAAUACUUGUAUUUUGAUGGAUAUAUUUUCUGAAUUAUAAGUGCAAAUUAUCUGUUUCAGAAGUCUUCUGUAUUACCUAGGUGUUCCGUGUAAUUUCUUGUAUAUAUGAAUCCAAUUAUGAAAAACAUUUGCUCUUAUCCACCCCCCAGACAACACUGGAUCUUUUAAAUUAAAAAUUAACUUUUUUAAAUUGUAAAUGGUCAAUGUAUAUAAAUGCAUCUAGAUUGUGUUAAAACUGAGGGCAAAAUUUGUUUGCUUUCUAUGCUUGGGAGAGUAAUAUCUGCUUUGGUCUACUGUUCCUUUGCAUAGAAACCAACACUAAAUUUGCAGGAAUCACUUAAAGGGGGCACAAAACCUUGGAUUAUUGCAUAUCCUCUCAGAGUUAUAGGGAGGAGACUUUGGUAUAUACCAUAAUAUACUCGUAUCGUACUGAAAAUGAAUCAAAAAAUUGGCAAAAUAAAAUUUUUUAAUAUUAUUUUGGCAAACUCCUUGUAUUCAGGGGUUUAGAGAAGAAAUACAAUUCUUAAAGAGUGAUUUAAGUGCUACUCACAAAUAUAUAGAAUUUGACUUGCACAAAUUUAUUAUAAUAAAAUUAUGCUUCAAAUUGACAGAAACAAGAUUUGUGAGGGCUAAAAAAUGACAGGAAACUUUACCCACAUUAGAAAGAAAAGAACUUGACAAGAAGUAAAAUAUAUCUCUUUAAAACUAAGUAAAUAGCAUGGAACUAAAAUAUCACAAGAAGAAUCAAAAGUUGUUUAUCAACAUCAUGUGAACAUGGAGCAGCUUCUUUGUAAACCAGCAGAUGAUUUGCAACC